UUGAACGAUAUAUUUACUGCAGAGCGGAGCUCACAACAAGAGUAAACAGUAAAGUACGGCUAACUUCGGGGGCUGUCAGUGGGGAACAAACAUGGCUACGCAGGCCAGCAUGAGCUGCGGCUUGUUUGGGAGACACGUGACUGUACCGCGUUUCAGAAAACUCUUCGAGCGGCGCGUGAACGGGAACAUUCGGCGACUGUAUUCCAGCGCUGCGCACGAGGGAAGCGAGGCUGAACUUUCGACUUCAUCCGCUGCCAACUUCGCCUCAUCCCUGAAAACCAGCUCAAGACUGGAGAAGCUGAGAGAUGACAGCAUACUACCCUUUUCAGCGUUCUUGACGGACAACUUUGGCCGGAGGCACAGCUACCUGCGCAUCUCCCUGACGGAGAAAUGCAACCUGCGCUGUCAGUACUGCAUGCCAGACGAGGGGGUGAAGCUGACACCACGGAGCCAACUGCUGUCCACCGCGGAGGUUCUGACCCUGGCUCGCCUCUUCGUACGCGAGGGCGUGGAGAAGAUCCGCCUCACCGGAGGAGAGCCCCUCAUCAAACCUGACGUGCUGGAUGUCAUCAAAGAACUGAAGAAGUUGGAAGGCCUGAAGACCAUUGCAGUGACAACCAACGGCAUGAACUUGGCCAGACUUCUGCCGAAGCUGAAAGACGCUGGCCUUGACCUGAUCAACAUCAGCCUGGAUUCACUGGUCCCCGCCAAGUUUGAGUUCAUUGUCAGGCGGAAAGGCUUCCACAAGGUCAUGGAGGGAAUAGAAAAGGCCAUCGAAAUGGGCUUUAACCCUGUGAAGGUGAACUGUGUGGUGAUGCGAGGCCUCAACGAGGACGAGCUGCUCGACUUCGUGGCGCUGACGGAGAAGAAGCCUCUGGAUGUGCGCUUCAUCGAAUACAUGCCCUUCGAUGGCAACAAGUGGAACUUUAGGAAGAUGGUGAGUUACCAGGAGAUGCUGGACCUCAUCAGGCAGCAGUGGCCCGACCUGGAAAGACUUGAAACCGGAGGCACAACUGCCAAGACGUUUAAAGUGCCCGGCUUCAAAGGCCAGAUGGGCUUCAUCACCUCCAUGUCUGAGCACUUCUGUGGCUCCUGCAACCGCCUGCGUAUCACAGCGGAUGGCAACCUCAAGGUGUGUUUGUUUGGGAACUCCGAGGUGUCUCUGAGAGAUGUCUUGCGCUCGGGGGCGUCGGAUGAGGAGCUGCUGCAAAUCAUUGGAGCCGCUGUGGGCAACAAGAAGAAACAACACGCAGGCAUGUUUAAUAUCUCGAAGAUGAAGAACAGGCCCAUGAUCCACAUUGGUGGGUGACCUGGCAGCGCCCCCCUUUCCCAACGGCCUCCGUCUCCGGCAAAGUUGCCAGACAGCCGGAGAGCUUUCCCCACGGCUUCCCUUCUUACGACCGACACCUCCCUCUCUGCAGCAGCCUCAGGCAGAGUCCUGCACCGAGAGGCUUUCUUGUGCCUUCGGGACUGCACCGCUUCAGGGGGAACCCGCGUUGGGUCACAUCUCAAAGCUAAACACUGUGAGGACACGGACCGCCCCCGCAGUGCAGCACGCACAAAGUUCACGAGCCGCGCCGAUGAAGACCGCCUCGGGUACCCACAAGCCAGGGGUCCUUCGACCGGCCGCUCACUCAGGACCGCUCCUGUUUUUUGCACACCGCUAAUGAAUGCCGAAAGAGAUGUUAAACGACAGAGCGUGAGGCUGUGCCACGAUCAGAGUUCCAGCAAAGACCCCGAGGCUCAACUCGGGCGACCCGCGAGUGAUCGGACACAAACAUCGGGCACAGACGCUUCCCCCGACGAUACCGCCGAAGCUCAGCUGACGCACACGGACGCACAGGGCCGAGCCGCCAUGGUGGACGUCGGCGGCAAAGCGCCCGCGCGCCGAACAGCCACGGCGAGUGCCACCGUACUCUUGGGCCCCGCCCCCUUCCGGCUGCUGCGAGACCACCAGCUGGCCAAGGGCGACGCCUUGGCUGUCGCGAAGCUGUCUGGCAUCAUGGCCGCCAAGCAGACCGCCGCCCUCAUCCCGCUCUGCCACCCGCUCCCAUUAGACCACAUCUCCGUCACCCUGGAGCUCGGCGAGCCGCGGAACGCCGUCAUCGUGACGGCAACGUGCCGCUGUACGGGCCGGACGGGAGUCGAGAUGGAGGCUCUCACCGCCGCCUCGGUCGCCGCGCUGACCAUCUAUGACAUGUGCAAGGCGGUGAGCCAUGACAUCAUCAUCACAGAUGUGAAACUGGUCAGCAAGACGGGCGGGAAGAGGGACUUUCAUCGUCCUUCGUGAUCCAAUCACCCUUUAACUUCAACUGGGGUUGUAUGAGAUGUUCACCGUACGAUAACUACCACGGUGCUCUGUCACACUAAUAUUAUUAAUAAGUAAUCACUAAUUUGCUACAGAGAGCUUUACAAUCGGUACAAAAUCCGACAUUCACAAAAUAUAACAGAUAAGCAAAUGUCCACCGUUUGAUAGCGGUCAUAUUUGAGUACUGCAGUUCACCUUGAACCCGGAGCGACCCUCAACCCAACCGGGGAAACAACGAGGCAUUAAUGAAGUGUCGGCACCAUGUAGGUAGGCCACACCCACUUCCACCCGAAGGGGCGUAUUGUUCAGCAAACAUUCAAGUUCCGGCCACCAGAAUGAUUUUCCUCUGCUUUACUGCUAUGAGCACAACUGUGACUCUUUGAGUUUUUGGUUAAUGCACUUCGUUUAUGGAUGAUGAUCGGUGGAAGAAUAAUUUAAUUUCAUGUUCACUUGAGCUUUUAUUGUUUUCUUUCUACCGCAUCAUAGUUUACUGGAAGCACUGCAUAUGUUAUAACACAAAAAACUCAUCACACAAUGAACUUGGUUGAUUGCGUUUGUUAAAUUAGCUCUAAAUGUAUAAUUGUAUGAAAAUGUGACUGCCUGGUGAAAUGACAACAGAUGUCCAUGUAUUGCUAUUUUUGUAUCAUAGCUCACUUCAUUGCAAUGCUCUUAUUUAAUUGUUUCCAGGAAGUACACAUGUAAACCAGGUUAUUGGAGGCUUGUUGGCACUUAUUUAUACAAAAUGAAAACAUUCUGCAAUCUUU